AUUAUCAUUGCGUAAACGUUAAGGCUGCGAACACCUGACGGAGAAUCCAACGUCGCACGGACUGGCUUCCCGAAACUCGGGGUCUAACGGCGCUCGGUGGCUGAAGAAGGAGCAGGACACGCUUUGCUGUUAACCUCGGGUCACUGGUGGCUGAAAUAAGAAAUAAACAGGGAUGCGAACAGGAUGAAAACGACAUGCUUCACUUGAUCAACCGCCCAGAAUCAGAAAACCACAUCUGUGACAAGCGGAACGCUUAAAACCGCGUGGCUCCAUUUGCGUGUUUUAGUUAGCUUUGCUAGCUUACAAAAUUAGCUGGCUAGUUAGCUCACAUACGUUUGCCGCCAGACCAACUGUCACAGCCCCGGGCUCCAGCCGCAGCAGCACCGACAGACGGACGGAUAUCCUCCCAGACGACCAUGACUCCUCAGCAGCAGGCGGUGGCCCUCUUCAGCCCUCAGCCAUCUGCUGUUAUCGCCCAGAAAGUGCAAUUAACUUACAAGCUGUUUUUACUGGAAAAUGCUCGGUAUGCACUUGAAAGAGAGCUGCAAAACUUCACCAAGAAGGCCUAUGAGGAGGUUCAGGUUUUCCUGAAUUCAUCUUUUCCCACCACUGUUUUUGGAGAUCUUACAAUGACUUUAGAUGCAAAAUGUCAAGCUGUUGACAAGCUCUCAUCUUUAUUAAAAGACCCCAUGGCCACAGCACAAGUUUGUGGCAACAACGGAGUUACAAAAGACCAACUUAAGCCUCUCAAAGACAAAGGGAGUCAGAAGACAGAUGUUCUUAAGUUUGGGCUUAUGCUGCAGAACUCACUCAUGGCAAGCUCCAUAGCCAAAACGGUCCAGGUGCUUGGAGCCACUCUAUCCCCACAGCAGUUCAAACAUUUCUUAAUUUCCCAGCCUGCAGCAGUCCAGCAGGAUGACAUGAUAUGCAGCGUGUCGUCCAGUGAUAAAAGCACAGUUGAGACUGCAUGUUUAAAAGCAGAAGUAAACGAUCAUGCAGUUGUUACUGAGGAUAAGUGCUCACAAGACUCUGUAACAGCAGGUGCAAGAAUCAUACAGAGUCCCAGGAUUAGCACUAAGAGGCCGCCACUACUACUACCUCCCAUACAAGCGAUACCCCUAGAGAUCAGUAACCCUACAGUAAUGAAAACAUCACUAAUAAGCUGGGGAUGUGAGGAAGAUGUCCAGGUGCAGCACCAAAAACAAACAUCCUCCCAGCUGCUUCAUUUCCUCCGAGCAAAAGCUAAAAACUCGGGUGCACUAGAGGUUACCGUCUUGGAGUGGUAUCAAUGCAUGAGCGCUUCAGGUUCUCCUCACAGGAUGUUGUCUCCCCCCAUCAAAACUCAAAGCUACCAAUUUAGACAGGUUGUGACUGAUGAUCUGAUGGAUGCACCAGCUCCAAAAUCCCUGCGAGCAAACAUUGAAAAUCAUGUCCCAGUCUUCAGAGUGAAAAAAGUGGAGUCAAGUGGCUCUCUGACCUACACUUGUGUGAUUGCAACAAAGACUGAGUUGUGGGAUAUUGGAGACAUCUUCACAGGGGCAGGACAGGGGGUCUCUGGAGUGCAACCCUUUGAAGAUAAAAACUGCAGAGAUGUAACACCUCAGGAGGAGAACACCUGUGUGAACAGUGUUUUGAAAACCCCAAAUCAUCAUUGCAAAGAAACUGAACUUGAGAGCAAUAGCACUGGUGAAAAAGUAUUAGCGAUCAACAAGACUCCAAUGCCUGAAUUUCAGACCCGCAGGUUUGAAGAGACCGAAGUCGUGGUGUCCCAUAUUGUCAGCCCAGGAAAGUUUUAUAUCCAGCAUGCAGACUGCAGCACAAAGCUGCAGGGCCUUAUCACAGACAGCUGGAAAGCAAGUUGUUCAUAUGCUGAGCAGAACUGCAUUCCAGACAUUGGGGCUCACGUAAUGGGCUGGUUCCCUAAGCAGGAACAAUGGUGCAGAGCUCAGGUGACGAAGAUCUGUGGAGUAAGCAGAGAUAAUAAUGCCACUGAUGAUGCCAGGAGUCAGACAUCCAUUGAAGUGGAAGUAAAGAGGCUGGAUUAUGGUGAUACUGGCUGUCUGUCCCUGUUGAACAUUAAGGAGCUAACUCCAGAGAUGACCAUACUACCACUACAGGCUUUGCAGGUGUCACUGGCAAAUGUGACGCCUGUGAAUGGAUGCGGUUGGUCCGAGGAAGCAGUUGGCUGGUUCCAAGCAAUGGUUCACAACAGGACGCUUUAUGCCAGACUCUACCCACAGGGGCCAAAAUUCACUGUGGAGCUGUUCUUGGAGAAAGGAAAGCUGGGAGCUAUGAGGAGGGGUGCAUCACUGUCCCUGAGGCUGGCCCAGAAUGGACAUGCAAAACAUGCCAAACUGAAAACUUUUGGCCCAGCAAAAAAAAGUGCUGUUCAAAUCAAAAUGAAGAAGAAGGACUAUGGAUGGGAGAAAUACCUCAUUUCAUGCCACACCUCAAGAUGGUUAUCUUUGAACCUGGCGCUGCUUACGCCGCUUGCACCGCCGGCUGAGCCUGACCUGGAGUCCAAAAUGAACUGGGGCACCUUUUAUGCCGUGAUCAGCGGCGUAAACAGGCACUCGACUGGCAUCGGACGCGUCUGGCUCUCCGUCAUCUUCAUCUUCCGUAUCCUGGUCCUGGUGGUUGCUGCUGAGAGUGUUUGGGGAGAUGAAAAGUCUGGUUUCACCUGCAACACCCAGCAGCCCGGCUGCAACAGUGUCUGUUAUGACCAGUUUUUCCCCAUUUCCCACAUCCGCCUGUGGGCUCUCCAGCUAAUCCUGGUCUCCACCCCCGCCCUGCUGGUGGCCAUGCAUGUUGCCCACCGACGCCACAUUGAUAAGAAGCUCAUGAAGAGGGCGGGACGCAGCAGCCCCAAGGAGUUGGAUCACAUCAAGAGCCAAAAGUUUCAGAUCACUGGAGCGCUGUGGUGGACUUACAUGAUUAGUAUCAUCUUUAGGAUCAUCUUUGAGGUGGCUUUUCUCUACAUCUUUUAUUUGAUCUACCCUGACUUUAAGAUGGUGCGUCUGGUGAAGUGUGACUCUUACCCAUGUCCCAACACAGUGGACUGUUUCGUGUCCAGACCAACAGAAAAGACCAUUUUCACUGUGUUCAUGCUGGCAGUGUCCGGGGUGUGUGUGCUGCUAAACCUGGCAGAGGUGUUGUACCUCAUAGGAAGAGCCUGCAAACGCUGCAUACGAGGCUCUGAGGAGGAAUCUAAAGGAGCCUGGAUAAGUCGAGGAUUGUCUUCUUACAGGCAAAAUGAAAUCAAUCAGCUGAUAGGAGACCAGUCUCUUAAGACAAAGUUCACUGUGACCAAAAAAAGCCCGACUGAGAAGGGUGAAAGAUGUUCUGCUUUCUGAGUGUCUUGAAUUCCCUUUAAACUAAUCAACAGUCCCACGUGUUGAUGAAACCUGUUUUUCUGUCACAGAUAGUGUAUAUUAGAUCAUCGUCAGCAUACAUUUAUAUUUAUCAUUCAGUGAGUUGCUUAUUCAUGCUUAUAUUUUUUUUUGGUUCUCCUUUGUGUUACUAACACUAUCUGCUGGCAGAGCUCACAAAUAUUUGGAGCCAAUAAUGGAGGUUGAACGGUCAUACCAGUGAUUUUGCAUGUUGACGCAUGUUUACGUAAAAAUUAUACAUCGUUGACAUGGUGUAAACAGUUUGACAAAGCCCAAAUUUUUUGAUAAAAUAGAUAAAAGAAAGCUUGAAGGAAAUCCAGGUGUCAAGCUGUUCGACUGUAAGAGCACAAAGUAAGAGUGACGCAAGAGAGCAGCAACUUUAAACGAAACACCAAAAACAUAAAAGGACAUUUUUACUGUUACUAAAAGAGGAAGUAUGAUAAGUUUGACAACAAUGGCAUGGCCCACAGUAAUAAUACAGCUCAGACCCAGAACCAGGCUCUCUUUACACAUCUUUUAGUAGUGAGCAUGCUGAUAAUACUACAAGAUGAUACAGAAAUGACAUAUUUCUUGGAUUUAUUUGAUUGUUAAUGCAUUUUUAAGGCACACAUUACUCUCAGUAUAAACCAUACAUGAAGGUUCAAACAUUAACUCAAUAAUGUCAAGCUGCUAUCAAUGAAAAUUGUGCCCAUCUAACAAGCAUCAAUGCUGAAGACACUCUUCAAGGAACAGCUUUAAAAUAUUAAGUAAAAUAGCCAAGAUGUGUAAGAACACUGGUAUAGCCUUGUAUUAAGAAUUGCAGUGGUACUGUUAGGAAAAAUGCUGGUAACAAAGUGAAAUUUUUUAGUUAUCAAAUUAUUUUUAACAUGCACCAUAUUUAGUUCCAGUCCCAGUCCCAGCUGGCUAACGUAGAAAAGAGCAUUUCUGGGAGUAGAUGCCAUUAAAUGUCAGUAACAGCUCUUUAAGCCAACAAUGCUACAUUCUGAUUUUCUCAGUUUUUAUUUUCUAUUGCUAUGCUAUGCUUUUCUAUUGCUAAUCAAUGCAUUUCUAUUGCUUACCAUACUACUAGUCAGAGUUUAAAGUUGGUGCUAGAAAACCAAAGAUCUAAAACCUUAUUAUAUUUUUCCCUUCUACAAGUUCUUUAAAUCAAUGCUUCUCAACUGGUCUAGCCUCAGGACCCACCUCCACCUUUCUGAUGACAAAUUGCGACCCCAAGUUUUGAAGAAAUGUAAUCAUUUAAAUUUAUAUGAAACCAAAAAAAGGGGGGAGGUCAGACUUUUAUUUUGUUGAGAGUAAAAUGAGUCAUAACCAGAAAAAACUAAGGUACACUGUUUUGAAAAAAGUAAAAAACAAAAAAAUAAAGUCUUUAAUAAAUGGGCUAAAGCAUCUACGCGUUUCAGCUUACAGUCUUCAUAAGGGCAUUUACAAACAAGUGGCUGUUCACAGGUUUUCAAGGUUUUCUUUUUUUUAAUCAACAUUCAAAUUCAUUUAAUGAAAAAUAAUGCAGUUUGGACAUGAGAUAGCAUAAGUAAUCACUUUAGGUCUUCAGAAGGCUUCACAACUCACCUUAUUCUCUAUUCGCAUGGGAUUAGUGUUACCUAGGGCCCUCUGGUAAUUUGUAAUAAUCAUGCAGGAUGUCUGUAUUUUUAAUCCCAUGCAAAUCAACCACGUCUGUAAUUGACGGAGUAAAAAGGGCUAAUUACCUACCAUAUUUCAGGACGCUCACAGGUCCACAGGUAAUUCUAACCCUGUGCGGAUCUGCAUCUCUGUAAUACAGGGUGGUAAUUAUGGUUUGUUUGUUUGUUUUUGUUUUUUUUUGUCUUUGCGGCUUUUCAUCUGAUCGAAGAAAGUAAUAGAGGUUGUGCAAAAUAUUGUUAAA